UUCAUUAGUAAAAAUAAGGGUGGUCUAUUUUGCAGAAUACAAUUUAGCAAGAUUCAAUAUUUAAAGCAGUAUAUACCAUAAUGAAAAUUUAUCUAAUUGUUGUUGGCAUUUUGCUUUUGGCCUGUUUAACAAAACAAGAUGGGUUAUGUAUCCGAAAAUUGAAGAACGGUCGUUUGAUAUCUGAGGGAUCUUGCGAAACUUCUGAUACCGAAGAAUUCAUAAUGCAACUGAAACAAAACGUGAAAUUCAGGACUUGGUUCAAAGCGAGUAAUAACUUGCAUUAUAAAUUGUUUCUCGAUAAUGUCAACUAUGCAACUGCUAAAGAAAACUGUCAAAAAUACUCGGCUAAUCUGGCAUCAGUUGGUAUUCGGGCUGCAGCAAUUCGAAGUGAAUUGAAGCAUUCUCUUGUGGCCGGCAACACUCCAAUCUGGAUUGGUUUGGACGAUAUAAAGAACGAAGGAGAUUUUAUUUGGGCUGAUGGUGUGCCGUCCACUAUAGAAAAUACACCCUGGUUCGAAGGUGAGCCCAACAACUCCGGAGAUGAGGAUUGUGCGCAUCUGGUUGAAGGUAGUGAUAGCUCGUGGCAACUUAACGAUGAAUCCUGCAAUGUCCUAAUUGGGUACAUGUGUGAAAUAAAAUUGUGA